AUGGAUGAUAUGUGUGAAAAAGAAAUGCCUGUUGACCCUAAUUUAACGUUAAAUCGUAGCGAAAGAUCAUUCCAAUUCGAUGUGGAAAGUGAUCCACCAAAUAAAAGGGCAAAGAAUGCCAUUGAAAAGAUGCUUUACAAGACAAGACCGUGUUUCCAAUUCCGUGCUGGCUCUUGUCCAUUUGCUGAAAAUUGUGAAUUUGCUCAUAGUAUGGAGGAACUUAGGGAACUGCCUCAUAGUCACAAGGAAGAACCGAUGCGCUUAUCAGAGCAGCCAAGGGAGGUAUCUCAGAUACCAGUUGUGGGUUUAAAUGAAGUAAAACAUAGACCUAGUUCGAGGCAGCUCUGCAAGGGUUUUUUGUCUGCUGCUGGUUGCCAGAAUGGUGAGAAAUGCCUUCUCAUUCACAAUGAGCAUUAUAUGGAAAGAAAAUCUGCAGCAAUAUGUUUACUUCCUGGCUCUGGUAGUGGAUUUAAAAGCAGUGGAAGUAGUUCAAAUUGGAAAGCAAGGCUUUGUACCAAGUGGGACUUAACAGGGAUGUGUGUUUAUGGAAAGAACUGCACUUUUGCUCAUGGAUUUGCAGAGCUGCAGCAUUACCGUGGACGGCAAGAGAAGAAAGAAGAUAGUGGUUCUUCAGCUUUGGGUGGCAAUCAGGUGGCGUCAAUACCAGCUAAAGCUUGUGUGGGUCAUGUUCCUUACGCAUAUCAUGUUGGAGUUCCACCACGAAGGCUGUCUGGUGAGAUAGCUAUCCAGAACUGGAAAGGCCCGGACAAAAUUAGCAAAAUUUAUGGUGACUGGAUUGAUGACCUCAACUAG